AUGGCUGACAGUAACAACAGCGGAUGCGACGCUGCUGUUGCUGGGGCACAUAAUAACAAUAAUAAUAAUAAUGAGGAGGAGUUUUUGCCUGACGCGGUCGCUGGAUCAUCUGCGAUUAAAGCACCAGUACCGCGUAAGAGAGUGGUGAAAAUAGGAACUUCUUCACAGCUUCUGCAGGAGGAACUUGGCUUCCCCAAAGAGAGUUCAAAGCGUAAAGACGACGCAGCCGAUCCGGCCGGCGAUGGCUCUCCAGAAGGUUUUUUAGAUUCAGGCACCGUUGACCCAUUCAUGACAGUUAUUUAUCCAAACACUGGCACAGAAAAAGAUGAAGAUGGUCUGGACGACGAUGAGGAGGCAGAUAUUGCUAACAGGGUUGUUUCACGUAGAGAUGGUGACAACUUUGACCGCACGCAGGUGCGAGUAGGUGGUUUCUUGCAGGGUGCUGAUGACAACAUGGCGUUCUUGAUUCCUAAUGACCUUCCACGAAGCACAUUUCUUUAUUUGUUGACAGCUUCAGACGGUCGGGACAGAUUAUUUAAGUGUAUGCAGUGUAGUUUGCAUCUUUUAAUUUGUCUUUUGAUGCGGCCGUCAAUCCUCCCACAGGGUUCGGAGGAGACUGCAGAUUACUGGGCAGAACGUUUUCGAAAAAAUAUUAACACCAUUCGCCACGGACGCAGCUUGUUCAAGUUGGGGCGUUGGAUAGUGAAUGCUUUUUACCUGCAGGAGGUUUACGAAAGACUUGCCUUGAAAUAUGGAAGGACUAUGAGGGAGGUGAAGGGUGAAUUUAAGGCGUUCUUAUGCCGAUACUUAUCCCUUCCACCGGGGUCCGUGAUGCGACGACUUAUCGGGUGGGACAACAAUGGUGUUGGGGGAGGAAGCGCCGGUCAGUUUGUGAAUAGGGAAGUUUUGGUUCCUGGUGACACAUAUGAGCACGUCGCUCGUGUGGAGUUUCCUCGUCAGUUCGUCUCAGAGUUGCAUUCUAUCGAUGCGAAAUUAGUUACUACUGGUCCGAGUCUGACCGGGAUACAACAGAAGGAGGUGGGAGUUUCUGGUGCCAUUAAAGCGUCUGAUAUGGCGUUGCAAAGCGAGGAGGCUAAAGAAGAUGGAGACCGCAAGGUGGCGGGUUUCUCAACACUAUCAGAAGGUAAAGGUCUCAUGGUUCGUGAUCCGCUGCGAACUGAGGCGCUCACUUCGGGUUCUCUCGCCCCUUCCGCGACCCCUCCGUCAUUAUACCCUGCCGCCACUGAGAUGUAUGCAGUUGGUAUUGGUAACACCACAAGGGCGUCACUAUCAAAACCUGCCACGUUACUGCGGCCACUCCGAUGCACUGGAGCCGAUGAUGAGUCAAGCAACAGCAACAACACAUCAAUCGCUCACAACAACAAUACGGCACCCAGCAGCAUUUGCGGUGGUUCGCUUAAUUAUAGUUUGAUGCAAGAAGGGAAACCCAAAGGCGACACAUACAACGAGGGUUUCUCAACGAGCAGAAAUCCUGAUGACUCUCAUCAGAGUUAUUUUAAAAUGUACCAAACUGUGCCGUACGAACCGAAGCUUGGUGAUGCUCUGCGGUUGCCUCACCAAGGUGAAGGUGACAGUAUGAACAAAAUGUCAAAGAACCAACCCUCUAGAGCCAAGUUUGCACGUUGUGGGAGUGCUGUUGAUAACGGUGAUGAUAUAGGUGCAGAAGAGAACAUGUUCUCACUCGGUGCAGCCUUUGAUGAAGGUGAUAACCACUUAGAGUCUAAUGGUACUGUCUCUCCCUCUGACGACAGGGAAGAAGAGAGGGAGAGAGGUCUUGCAGCAGAGAUGGGGAAACCUGCGAGUCGACGCAAGGGUAUUCUCCAGUUCAGCACACCUCUCAUACUACUUCAGGCCGUGCGCAGUAUCGCGACUAUUGCCCGCCGUCUGCUCCGCGACCUCCUCCUGCUUUCAUCUGAGCACUUUUUAAACCUGUCACCGGUUGAGAAAAACCGUGCGCUUCUUCAACGGCACUGCCACUGGCUAUGGUUGAUAGUUGCCAGCAUUGACGUCCUCCUGAACACAAUUCGUCUGUUGAACCCCGGUUGGUACAAGUAUACAAAUGUCAGAGACAAUCCCAGGUUUCGCUGUGGUUGUAAGGACCCCGACACAAGGGGCUCCGUAAUGCUUUUCCGUGAGCUCGUUAUCCGGCGGCAGGCAAAUUUGUACUUCCCAGAUGUGGAUCUCGAUUUCGGCGUGCCCAUUUGCUCCUCCCCGGGUUACUUUGAGGCUGCUGAUCCGGAGAACAUCGCCCCCGCCUGUCGUGUAUGCGGCAAGCUCUUUGUUGAGAUGACAUCACCCGACGAACAGGGUGAAAAGCUCGAGGAGGGUGGUGAUGACACAACAGCGGAGGAAAAAGGCGUCACUGACACGGAGGAAGUUGAGACCAAUGGGAAUGCCGCUGUACGGCAAAAAGCGUCUAAGUCGAUAACAGGACGCGCUGAGGUUGUCUUUCUGUUUAUUCCGUGGCUGAUGCGAAGGCUUUUCAACUACAUAUGGUUGGUGCGAUCUCAUUCUAACUGGAGUGCUACCAUUUGGCUUCAGGUGAGUUACUUAGCGGAGUUUUACCUUGCUGUGAUGUACUGCUUUGGGGGGUACGACACAGGGAAGCGGGAUGCUCCUCUAAAAGCGAUGAUCCAUCCAACGGGUGCCAUUGUUGGUUUUGUUGGGGCAAUUAUUGGGGUUUACCGAGUGAUCCAGAGUGCACCAAAGUGA